AAUUUUAUUAAAAAUAUGGGGAAAUUAUUGAGUCUCCUUGCGCGUGAUGACUCUAACUGUUGUUCGUCGCCGCGGUACGAUAUUUUCCUGGAUUUUGAAAACGCCGCGCCGACGGAGACAGAACGGGAAGUCUACGAGGAGGUUCAGAGAGUCCUGUUGGAUUCAGAGAAAAUUCUCGAAGAAAUACAGUGCUAUAAGGGAGCUGGGAAAGAGAUACGAGAAGCCAUAGCAGAUCCUUCGAGAAUUUCGCAAGAGCGCGCGUGGCGGGCCAUCAAACCUUUGGUGGACAAGCUGCUGCGUUGCUACAACCACUCCCUUGAACUUCAGAGGGUGGUACCCCGACUGCUGGGCUCACUUGUGGGCGGAUCAAUGACACCGACGCAGCACUUGGAGCAGCAGCAGGCCCUCGUCAAACAGUUUGCUGAAAUACUCGAGUUUGUACUCAAGUUUGAUGAAUAUAAGAUGAAAACGCCCGCGAUCCAAAAUGAUUUCAGCUAUUACCGCCGCAGCGUGUCCCGAGGCGGGCUGAUCAAUUCCGACCUACCGCCGGGCGAGGAGCCCCACAUAGGCGCCGAAGUCGCCAACAGAAUGUCCUUGUUUUAUGCACAGGCCACACCGAUGCUAAAGGUGCUGUCGGAAGCGACAAGCCAAUUCGUCAACGACAACCAGCAGGACCUCGAAAAUACCACCGAAACGCUUAGCACCAUGGCCAAAGUCUGCCUCAGGAUGUUGGAGAACCCAAAACUAGUCGCCCAGUUCAGUCGCGAAGAGACAUCACUACUCGUUCUCCGCGUCAUGGUAGGACUGAUCAUCCUUUACGAUUGGGUGCAUCCUUCAGGGGCCUUCUGCCGUUCAUCAUCAGUGGACGUCAAAGGUUGCGUUAAAUUUCUCCAACAACAAACGCCGGCAAAGGCCGAGCCCUUGCUAAACGCCUUAAGGUACACAACUAAACAUCUGAACCAUCAGUCGACGCCGAAGAAUAUUCGGACGCUGCUGGCAGCGUGAGGACAGCACUCCAGCCUUGCAUGUUGCUGUGGGGAAUGAAUCGACAAUAAUUUGCGGGGACUUCUCAGCGGCACGCUUUAUGUUUACUCUCCUUGUACCGACCACCCUUACUCCGCUUUUUUGGGUUGCACGUAAAGCAUAGAUCGGGCCAAAGAAAUAUUUUUUUGGUCGUUGGCUCAGACGGCAAACGCUUGAUCCACGUUUUAGUAAUUCGUAUUUAUUUUAGGCUCUUCAAAGACGCUUUCGUCCCAAACCAAACUUUUCCAUAUAGUUGCUAACGUCUCACGCGCUUGUCUAUAUUUGAUAGGGCCAAUGUAGUAACCAAAUAAAAUAAUUCAUUGGUUCCGUAAAACCGCAUUUGGAGAGAAGUUUUACUAUAAUUUUUUAAACUAAAUUAUUGGGUCUAAAGAAAAUACUUAUUAGGGAUAAAUAUUCGAACAAAAACCACAGAAAGCUGUGGAUACAAUAACGUUGAGUUUAUUUACAAAUGACCUCGAUUUUAUUUACAAAUAACGUCGAUUUUUUUACAAAUAGGUCGGUUUAAUUUGCAAAUAAAGUCGAUUUUAUUUACAUAUAACUUCGAUUUUAUUUACAAAAAACGUGCAUUUUAUUUACAAAUAAGAUCGAUUUUAUUUGACUAAUAAACUCAUAGAUGCAGAAAACUAUUUUUGAACGUUUUCUAAUACCUAAAUAAUAGUCACUAUGUGUAAUGUCAUAGCUAGCAUAAAGAGGCUUUUAAAGCUAUAUUAAUUAUUAAAGAGAAUUGUUUCCCCUCCCCAGACGUGCAAGGUAAGGUAAAUUAGAUAUCACAACACAAAUUAUGAUACAGCAGUCAUUCGCAAACUGUAAGUUAGCUUUUAUAAACCUUUAAAUAAUAGGGAAGCUUACAAUAGAUACUUUUAACGUAAUUAUAUGUAAGAAGAAAGUAUUAUUUGUGUUAUUAUCUACUGUGUAAAAAUGCCUUUCAAAUUAUAUUAAUUGGUUACCACGUCAUGGAUUGUGCAAUAUAAUUAAUUCCACUGUUCGUUCUUAUAUUAACUUUUAUUAUAGCACAUUUCUACUGAACGUCGGUUUGUUUUACAUAUCGUUCCUUCCAACUUUAAUGGACGUGAAUUUUAUUUGACUAACGUUGUAAGGCACGAUAUGAAUGAGAAAUUCUACUUAUUUCAGUGCAAUCGCACAACGCAGUGAUGUUUCUUUCAAGAAGACUGAAGUGAUAAUGCUCGUGAAUUAUAAUUAUCAGUAACCAAUAUUGAUUAUUAAUUUUGCAUUUAAUAAUAACGAUGUUGAUUUUAUUGUAACGCUUACGGUCAACCCUACGUCCACCUUUGUGUAGAACUGUAACAUCGCAGUCAUAAGCGGGUUUACCCCCUGUAAGCGGAACUCCAAAAUCAACCAAUCUAGAAUAACUUGAUAAGAACACGCCUUAAGGUGGAUUUAAAUCCAAAGGCCAAACGAAAUUUAAAUCAGAUGAUGCCUUUUAAACUAAUAAAUUAAGUCGUGUUAACACAAAUCUAUCUAUACAUUUACCACUGCCUUGAUGUUAUCUAUCAUAGCGAUUUUAAAUGAAUUUUUAUAUGACGCGUUUUCUGUUCACGAUUGUAAUGUCAAUCCUACUUCGCCCAUUUCUCAAAUUUAAAGUAAUUGAAAUGUACAAAAUCCGCAUAAAAUAGUCCAUUUGCGUAACUCAGUGGAAAAUUCAACCUGGCUUUUUUUUAUAACAUCAAGUGACAGGACGAACAAGUCGUGCGCUUGAUGGUAAGCACCACGACUGUCUGUUGUCUGUGACUGUGUCACGAACUGCAAAGAUCUGAGGGGUACUACCACUGCGCCCGUCACACUGAGACAUAAGUUGACAAGUCCCAUGUGUCUGUAAUUAAUUAUUAUGGGAAGAGGUUUGAUAUGAAGCCUUGUUUUAAUAUCUCCAGUGAACUAUAUUAGAGGAUUGCAAGAUUUGUUAAUUAUUUUAAUCAGAGAUGUACGGAAAAACAAGGUUAUGAAUACAGCACACUUUCGAUUGUCAACUUUUUGCUAAAUAAGAUUUAUUUGUGCAUCAAUCAUGUUUUUUUAUAUACUGCUAGGAAUUGCUCGAGCUCAACGUUUAUAAAUACUAGUUAUUUUUAUAAGUGAAUAAAAAUUCGGAACAGUUGCUAAUAAAAUAUUAUACCAAAAAAAUUGAUACUGGGUUUAGAUGACAAGCGUUCAGACGCGCGUUGAGGGCUAUUAGUGAAAGGCGUGUGUAACGCUUAUCAUGAACUGACACUAACCUGGAGAUCUACUC